AUGAGCAAUGAUCUUCUUUUUGUGCAAUAUAAUGGACAAUGGAUGAAUGAAGUCAAUUAUCAAGGAUAUGAAGUUUGUGGUAUCUUUCAUAAAGAGAAUGAAAGUUUUGAUGAUUUAUUAAAAGCUGUGGAAAAAGUGGUAGAAGAUGUUCCAUCUGAUGCAAGAUUGGUAAUAAAGUAUCAAAUAAAGGAAGGGUACAAACCGAUAAAGAUAGGCAACGAGACGAUCCUACGGUUUUGGUUUUACAAAGAGCUGAAAAAAAAAAGAAACAGAUUACACGAAACUGCCGCUUUGUGUAUCAUUGGAGCCAAAGAAGUGCCUUUCCAUUACCAGCAUGCCUUAAAAGAAGAACUGCAAGUGAAGUGUUUGGGGAAUGUUCAAAAAGAUGUUCAAAAAAUCUUGUUGAAAUAG